AUGUGUUAUGAAUGUACUUAAUAUAAAUUUAUUUAAUAUUAUUUGUAGUAUUAUUUAGAUGGUGUAUAAUAUGGGAAAUGCUUAAAAUAAUGUUAUAUUGGUUAUUUUAAAGUUUUUUUAGACGGAAAAUUUAUAUGUAAAAAAUGCGAAAACGGUUGUUUUGAAUGCGAAAAGUAGGAUAAUUCCAAUUUUUCAUGUUUUUCAUGCAUAUUUGGUUUUUUUCUAUAUAAUUAACAAUGUCUAGAUAAAUGUCCAGAUGGUUUUUUUGCAAACGAGAAUUCUCUAAAAUGCGAAUCAUGUGAAUUUCCAUGUAUUUUAUGUGAAAAAGAAAAAAAUAGAUGUAAUUCAUGUGUAUAAUUAGAUGAAAAAGGGGAAGAAUUAGUUCUUUUUAAAAAUAAAUGUAUAUAUAAAAGUUCUUGUCCACCUUUUUUUUUCAUAGAUUCAAUAAAUAGAUAAUGUUUAAUUUGCGAAGGAAACUGUAUCUAAUGUUAAGAUAAAAGCACUUCAUGUACUCAAUGUAAAAAUGGACUUUUCGCAUAUAAUUUAUAGUGUAUAAAUGAAUGUCCUUUAGGCUUUUUUAAUGAUUUAAAUCAGGGAAAAUGUUCAUAGUGUAGUGAAAUAUGCGUUUCUUGUAAAAAUAAUCCUUUUGAAUGUUUUUAAUGUAAAAAUGGCUUCUUCUUUUACCAAAAUAAAUGUCUAAAAGAAUGUCCGGACAGCUUUUUUGGGAAAAAUUUGAUCUGUGAAAAAUGCGCUGAUAAUUGUUUAAAAUGCACAGGAGAUAAGCCUAAUGAAUGUACAGGAUGUAUUACUGGUUUUUUUCUAAAAGACAAUUAAUGUGUGAUAAAAGAUAUAUGCAUAAAUGAUUGCCAUAUUAGUUGUAAAGAAUGUUUUGGACCAAGAGACAAUUAAUGUUUUCAAUGUAAUAAAAAGUACUAUUUUUAUAAUUAAAAGUGCAAAGAAUGUCCUUUAGGUUGUGAUGAAU